UGUUGAUAUCUAUAUAUAACGACGCUAUCAUGUAUCUGACCCCUCAACUACUACAUUUUAAUCCUCAUUUCUCUCUUCAUUCACCUACGUAUAUAUCAAAUUAGCUAAUCAAGAUUUAUUGUUACUUCAAUUUAAAAGAUCAAUAUUCAAAACAGAAGUCGAUCGAGCAGCAAAGAAAUGUCACUGUCCACAUCAAGAUUUAUCGGAGCUCCAUUGAUAUCAAGACGCCCUAGUUUCAGCUCAACAGCUUUUGCAGUUAAUCCAACGUCUCUUGCAUCAUUCGCUAAGAAAAAGGAUCUUUUAUCAUGCAGCGUUCAUGGCUUCAAUAGUAGAAACUUGCAGUAUCACCCCAUGUUUACGAUUGCACGACGAAACUUUGUUGUAUGCAGCAAUAUUACUCCACCUCCCGGAGUUCCUCUUCCUUCAGGAUCACCUUCAGGUUCUACGAAAAGUUGGGUUCUGGGUAUCGUGUUGACAUUUGUCUUACCCUUCUUCACGCAUAAAUGGGGGCCACUGAUUCUAAUAAAAAAUAAAGUGGACACGGUUGUAGACACUGCGGAGUAUAUAGUUGAGGCUAUCGAAGAUGUAGCUGGAAAAAUUGAUAAGGUGAUUGAUAAUAUUACUGACGAUCUUCCUGAAAAUAGCAAACUCAGAAAAACAUUGGGGGCUUUUGAUGAACUGGUCGAAGGAGUAGAAAAGGCUGCUCAUAUCGCCGAUGAUAUCAUCGAUAAGGUGGAAGAAGCUGAGGAUAAACUAGAGUCGUUGAUUCUUUCGGAAGCGAAAGAAGAAAAGGUUUCCAAACAAGUUGUGGAAAAUGUGGAAGUUCCUACCCAAGAACCAAGUGCCUUAAAGAUGGAAUAACGAUUAGUAUUCAAGAAAAUAUGAUAAUGAUGGUCAACGUCUUAAUGUUUGACCCUAGUUUUAGCUGAAGCAUUUGAAUUCAAUUGGUUCAAUUUCUUUGUAAUGUAUAUUCUUAAUUAAUGUUGGCAUAAAUAAAUUCAAAGAACCUAAUAUGUUUUUUUU